AUAGUAAGAAAUCCGAUCCGGCGUUCCGAUCCGUGCUCAAUGGGACGGCACCCUUAGAGAAAUAACGAGUCUGAAAUAACAUACAGAAAAAUAACAGAAGUAACAUAUGGUUGCAAAGUAGCUUCUCUACUACUCAAUUAUAGUGUCCUUGUUCAAAAACGAUCAAUUUUGAAACACAGUUAACAUCUUCAAGUAUUUAGAGAACUUAUAGAAGUUCCCACGCAUAAACAAUCGUGUUAAAAUGGCGGUUCCCUCGGUCUCUCUGAAUACACGAAAUAAGAAGCUCUUUUUAGGAGUACCAGCACCGUUGGGAUAUGUUGCUGGUGUUGGCAGAGGUGCUACUGGAUUCACUACACGAUCUGAUAUCGGUCCCGCUCGAGAUGCGAAUGACGUUUCUGAUGACAGACACGCUCCUCCUACAAAGCGUGCAAAGAAGAAAGAAGAAGAGGAGGAAGACGAGGAAGACUUGAAUGAUUCAAAUUAUGAUGAGUUUUCUGGAUAUGGAGGUUCCCUUUUCAGCAAAGAUCCUUAUGAUAAAGAUGACGAAGAAGCAGACGCAAUUUAUGAGGCCAUUGACAAACGUAUGGAUGAGAAACGUAAGGAAUACAGAGAGAAACGUCUCAGAGAAGAAUUGGAACGUUAUCGUCAAGAACGUCCCAAGAUCCAACAACAAUUCUCAGAUCUGAAGAGAGAGCUGGUUAACGUAACUGAAGAUGAGUGGAGAAACGUUCCUGAAGUAGGAGAUGCCAGAAAUCGCAAACAACGCAAUCCAAGAGCAGAGAAAUUUACUCCACUGCCAGAUUCUGUACUGGCCAGAAAUCUAGGGGGUGAGACAUCCACCAGCAUCAAUCCAUCCAGUGGUUUGGCUUCUAUGAUGCCAGGAGUGGCGACGCCUGGUAUGCUGACUCCCACAGGAGAUCUUGAUCUGCGGAAAAUUGGACAGGCCAGGAACACACUGAUGAAUGUGAAAUUGAACCAAGUUUCUGAUUCUGUGGAGGGCCAAACUGUAGUUGAUCCAAAGGGAUACCUCACAGACUUGCAGAGCAUGAUACCAACUUAUGGGGGUGACAUAAAUGACAUAAAGAAAGCCAGAUUAUUGUUGAAGUCUGUCCGUGAGACUAAUCCCAAUCAUCCGCCUGCGUGGAUCGCGUCUGCACGUUUGGAAGAAGUGACAGGAAAGGUCCAGGCAGCGAGAAACUUGAUAAUGAAGGGUUGCGAGGUGAAUCCUACUUCCGAGGACCUGUGGCUGGAAGCCGCAAGAUUGCAGCCACCGGACACAGCGAAGGCGGUGAUAGCACAGUCGGUACGACACAUCCCGACGUCCGUGAGGAUCUGGAUAAAAGCCGCGGACUUGGAGAUAGAAAUGAAAGCGAAAAGGAGGGUGUACCGCAAGGCUCUGGAGCAUAUACCGAACUCGGUGCGACUGUGGAAGGCGGCGGUCGAGCUGGAAGAGCCUGAGGACGCGCGUAUCUUACUCAGUCGCGCGGUCGAGUGCUGCCCGACCAGUGUGGAUCUAUGGCUCGCUCUCGCUAGACUGGAGACUUACGACAACGCGAGAAAAGUUCUGAAUAAAGCCAGAGAGAACAUACCGACGGAUCGACAGAUCUGGACCACCGCUGCGAAAUUAGAAGAAGCGAACGGCAACAAACACAUGGUGGAGAAAAUUAUCGAUCGCGCUAUAACGUCCUUGAGCGCAAACGGAGUGGAGAUCAACAGGGAGCAUUGGUUUAAAGAAGCCAUGGAAGCUGAGAAGGCGGGAGCGGUACAUUGUUGCCAGGUUAUCGUCAAAGCUAUUAUCGGUUUCGGAGUAGAGGAGGAGGACAGAAAACACACUUGGAUGGAAGACUCGGAAACUUGUGCCCAACAAGGAGCGUUAGAAUGCGCCAGAGCAGUCUAUGCAUAUGCAUUGACAGCAUUUCCCAGCAAGAAAUCGAUCUGGUUACGUGCGGCUUAUUUCGAGAAGACUUACGGCACGCGGGAAUCCCUGGAAGCCUUGUUGCAAAGAGCAGUCGCUCAUUGUCCCAAGAGCGAAAUACUCUGGUUGAUGGGCGCCAAAUCAAAAUGGCUGGCUGGCGACGUGCCAGCAGCCAGAGGUAUCUUAUCUCUCGCGUUUCAAGCCAAUCCAAAUUCCGAGGAAAUUUGGCUGGCUGCAGUGAAGCUGGAAUCUGAGAAUUCAGAGUACGAGAGAGCGCGACGUUUACUGGCGAAAGCGAGGGCAUCGGCUCCGACGCCGAGAGUGAUGAUGAAAAGCGCCAAAUUGGAGUGGGCUCUUAAAAAUCUCGACGCAGCGUUGCGUCUCUUGCGAGAGGCUCUUGAAGCUUUCGAUGACUUUCCAAAACUGUGGCUAAUGAAGGGUCAAAUUGAGGAGCAACAGGAUAACUUGGACAAAGCGUUAGAAACGUAUAAUCAAGCGAUCAAGAAAUGCCCGAAUUCAAUACCUUUAUGGCGUCUAUUGUCGCAAUUGGAGCACAGGCGGAAUCAAGUGACCAAAGCUCGUUCGGUUCUGGAAAAAGCCAGGCUCAAAAACCCCAAGAAUGCGGAAUUAUGGCUGGAAUCUAUACGAAACGAAUUGAAAAUCGGUGGUGUACGUGAUAUGGCAAAUACACUGAUGGCUAAAGCGUUGCAAGAAUGUCCUACGUCUGGUUUGCUCUGGGCAGAAGCAAUUUUUAUGGAACCACGACCGCAAAGAAAGACCAAAAGUGUGGACGCCCUGAAGAAAUGCGAGCACGAUCCUCACGUUCUUCUGGCAGUAUCGAAAUUGUUCUGGUGCGAGCACAAGAUCUCAAAAUGCCGGGAUUGGUUCAAUCGAACAGUGAAGAUAGAUCCGGAUUUGGGAGAUGCGUGGGCGUAUUUUUAUAAAUUCGAGUUGCUCAAUGGUACGGAAGAGCAGCAAGAUGACGUGAAAAAAAGAUGCAUUGCUGCAGAGCCUCAUCAUGGUGAAAAUUGGUGCAAAGUCUCUAAGAACAUAGCAAAUUGGUGUCUAAGUAUAGAUCAAAUCUUAGUUUUAGUUGCAAGAGACUUACCCAUUCCUAUUUAAGCUAUUAUUAAAUCAUUAAAAUAUAAUUAUAACAAACUUAAUGUAUAAGAGUAUAUAAUAUUUGUAAAUAAAAUUAGAAAGUAUAUUUCAAUUAAU